AUGUAGGCAUAUAAGGGCUGGUUCAACUGCCACGUGACAUAUAUUAUAUUCUACUCUGUUCAGCUCUAUUCGGUUAUUGUAUUUUAUUCCUUUCCUUUAUUUCAUUCCAGCUCACCUCAUUAGCGCCGCAUUUUCACAUCCCAGCCGCUGGUGAGAACGCGUGGAUUGAUUGGCCUCCUCCGCGAGGUCUCGUCAAUCCUGCUUCCUCCCACCCCCCUUCGCCUUCACCAGAUACUUACACGUCCAACUCUGCCACCGCUCCCCUCCUCCCCCUCUCUCUCCCCUGCUAGGGCUGUUCACUAAACUGCCUAGACCGCCGGUGGCUUGCUUACCUAUGUCAUGGUACGUACGAACAUCAAUCCCAUCCUUCGCGCAUGCAUAAGAUGGAAUAUGGACAAGCGACAAGGACAUGGUGAUCUGGGCUGGUAGCGUAACAAGCAACCAACUCCCCACUCCUCAUUCCCGGCCAGGCGGGCGAGCGACUUGUUACCCGGUUACUGGAACCGACAUGACAUCCACCUUAUCCUUAUCCCAACGACUUACACAUGUACGACGACGCUUGACGGGUCGCGUUACCGGUCCAGCUUCCUUCAUCAACCCAAGGUACAUACCUUUUUCGUUCCCACGUAGGUACCUAUAGACACAUCGCAUACCCAGGGGCCUACCUGUCUACCAGCAGACGCUGCCUAACUCCCAAUGUUAGGGAACAUAGGCGAGGAAGUACUAACUAGAUGUCUACCUGUGCCCACUUUAGCCCAGCGCUCGCAGUCAUCACGCAUCCUUACCCCCCGCCGCCAAGCUCUAAGCCGUGGUUGGGCAGGUGACGAGCUAGAGAGAAAUAAAAAGAGGGAGUGCGAAAAAAAAAAAAGAACCCGGUUGGGUAGCGUGCGUGAACCAACCCUCGCUGCCCGCCCUACCUUCACCCUGUCCAUGCGACAGGAGAUGCAGGCUCAGGAGCAGCAGCGGCACCACGACCUAGCGGCGGGCAGUGCGGGCUUGGGCGCGAUGGAACGACCGCCAGACCACCACCACGUCGGUGACAGCCCUGCAGCUAGCGCGGCCGAUACUACCGCUACUGCUACGGCUCCCACCGCCAUCGCCAACUACGCGUCGCCUAUACGACUCCAGCAGGACCGCACGCACCACCAUCGUCACCAGGAGGAGGAGGAGGUGGCGGUGAUGCUGACGGCAGGACAGGUCCACCACGACGACGACCAACUAGCUGCUGAACCAGCCAUCUCCACCAGUUCGCAUGGCGCGGCUAAGGGCGUAGGACGAGCACGGGAACGCGACCACGAUGACCACGUUUCCAGCGCCCAGGCCAAUGGCUGCCUCCCUGCGAGCACUGACCUCGGCGCUGCCGACGUCGCUGCUGCUGUUGCGACCAGCGACAAUACUGCCAGUAGCAGUAGCGCUUACGACGCCGCCGAGACGUACGAACAGCACCACGUGCAUAGCGUGUACGAGUCCAUCGCCACGCACUUCUCCUCAACACGCUACAAGCCCUGGCCUCUCGUCGCCUCGUUCCUCGCCUCCCUCCCUCCCGGAUCUGUCGGGCUCGACGUCGGCUGCGGUAACGGCAAGUACCUCGGCGUCAACCCCGACCUCUUCAUCAUCGGCUCCGACCGUAGCGCUAGCCUCGCGCGCCUCGCGUGCGACCGGACGCGCGCGGCCGUGACGGCAGACGGCGGCGGCGAUCGCGGUAGCAGUAGCAGUAGCAGUAAAGGCAGCAGCUGCGCCGAUGUGGUAGGCAUCGCCGACGGCCUGGCCCUGCCGUUCGGCGGGGGGCGGAGGCGCGUCGUCGACUUCGCGAUCUGCAUCGCCGUCGUGCACCACCUGUCGACGCGGGAGCGGCGCGUCGCGGCCGUGCGCGCGCUUCUCGACGGCGUCGCGCCGGGCGCCGGGCGCGUGCUGGUAUACGUCUGGGCGCUCGAGCAGGGCGGCAGCCGGCGUGGAUGGGACGAGAGCACCGCGGACCAGGACCAGCUAGUACCGUGGGUCCUCAAGUCGGGGCAACCCGGCGGCGGCAACAAGUCGAAGGGCAAGAAGAGCAGGAAGGGGAUGGAGGAGAAAACAGGAGCGGUGGCGAGCGCCGAGGGAGGCGGAGGGGGGGCGGAGAUACACGGAGACGGUGGCGGUGGCAAAGUAGACGAUACUCGUGACGACAAUACUCGUGACGACAAUCGUAGCAAUCGUAGCCCCGAGGACCGGAACGCGAGACAGCAACCCGGGGGCGCCGCAGCCGCCGCUGUCGCAGACAAGACGUAUCAGCGAUACUACCACCUCUACCGGCGAGGAGAGCUCGAGGAGGAUGUCGCGGCGGCAGGCGGCGAGGUGCUGGCCAGCGGCUACGAGAAGGACAACUGGUGGGCGGUAGCAGCGAGACCGGGGGCUGCCGCCUCGGCGGCGGUAGGAUCUGCAUAGGUAGAUGAAGAUAGAAAGAAUGGAACAAUCUUAUUAUUUUCA